CAAUCACGCUAUCAUUAUUACUCCGGGUUCUAAGUCCACGCGGUGAUUGUCAGCGUUUGUUGACAGUGUCUGUGUCAGUUUUCUCACACUUUUUUCAACACUACAUUGAAUUAUAUUUUCUCUUAACUACCGGACAGCUCGGUGGUGCCUGUUGUGGUGACAGUUUGGUGUCCCAGUUUGGGUGAGCAGGCUGUCGCGGGACAGACGCUCACAUCUGUGAUAACAGAAGCACAGUCGGAUCGGUGUGAGCCAGGGGAGGAGGACUCAGCGUGCGUGCCACCAUGCCUGUGCGACAGAAAGAUGCCCAGCGUGCCCUGGAGCUGCUCCAGCAGUAUCGAGCCAAGCUAGACCAGAGACAGCAAAAGGCCAAACAGGGACCUGUGGAGGAAGACCACCAGCUGCAGCAGUCUCUGGACAAAGUCAUCAAUGUCUUUCAAAGUCAGCUCUUCAGUGCACUUCUUGAUAUCCAGGAGUAUUAUGAGUUUACCGUCCUUGCAGACAGCAAGUGCUCUGCGGACAGUCCCAAGAACCUUGCUGCCUCCUGCAGGCUGCCAGCAGAACCCUCAGCCCAGCCACAGCCCUCCACAGAUCCCUUGACCUCCAGCAUUUCUGAUGGACAAUCCCAACCCAAACCACUCGUCUCCAAACCCAGGUCAGUCAAGUAUCCUGCGCCUCCAGUACCAUCAGCAACACCAGCAAUAAAGUCAUCUUCGCCUACAACACAGUCCAGCACACCUGAGCUGGCCAAAAUGAAGUAUCGUGCUCCUCUUCCUCCUGCUCAACCGGGGGGCUCCAAAUCACUUGAAGAGGAGACUUCUAAACCUUCCCCCAGUGUCACAGUUAGUAAUGCAGAAACCCCGACCGGCUCUACAAAUACAUCUCCUGGAGUGUCGCUAAAUGGAACAAAGCUUCCUGCUACCAGCUCUGGCAUUUCUUCAGAAAGCUCCACCAGCCCACAAAGCGUUCCUGCUUCUUCUGACCUGGUGACAGUCUCAGCCCUCGUCUCGAGCACCAUUCAAGGCCUUGUGUCUCCAACUGCUCCAGUCAAACCUGCCCGCACCAGGAUCCCUUCCAGCACAAGCACAGGUCCCAACAAAGUCACAGAUUCUGUCCCUACUGCUCCUCUGACCAGCAAGGACUCAGGAUUCAGCAAAGUCACUCCCAUUCCAAGUCCGACUAGUCCAAGCCAGGGAAAAUUCACCUUCAGCGGACGCAGGUCCACAAGUCCACCUGGACAGCUGAACAAAGGACCUUAUGCCCCAACCAGUCCUGGGCCAGGAAAGGGCCCUUCCACUAGCCCAACCCAUGGUCCAGCCCUCUCCAGGCCACCCACGAGCCCAGUGACCCCCAACAAGGUAGAAUCACCUGAGGUUCCCUUUGAUGACGAGGCAUGGCCUCACCCAGAGGGAGAGAGGCUGAAUGAAGUCCCAGCCCCACCUUUCUCCUCUCUCUAUUCUCAAAGCCACGCCUACUACCAGGCCAACCCCCCUCCAGUGGUGGUCAACACCGACAGCGUCGACACCCCCCCAUAUGUCAAUGGAACAGAAGCAGACUAUGAGUAUGAGGAAAUCACGUUGGAGCGGGGUAACUCAGGCCUCGGCUUCAGUAUCGCUGGAGGGACCGAUAACCCCCACAUUGGAGAUGACCCCUCGAUCUUCAUCACCAAGAUUAUACCUGGAGGAGCUGCAGCCCAGAAUGGACGACUCAGGGUGAAUGACUGUAUAGUCCGGGUGAAUGAGACGGACGUCAGAGAAGUGACCCACAGCGGCGCCGUGGAGGCUCUGAAGGAGGCAGGUGGUCUGGUCAGACUGUGUAUACGACGCAGGAGGAGCCUCACCGAGAGAAUCCUGGAUAUCAAACUAGUCAAAGGUCCCAAAGGUUUAGGAUUUAGUAUAGCUGGUGGAGUUGGAAACCAACAUGUCCCUGGCGACAACAGCAUCUAUGUGACCAAAAUUAUUGAGGGAGGAGCAGCACACAAAGAUGGACGUCUACAAAUAGGCGACAAGCUUGUUGCUGUAAAUGGUUCCUGUUUGGAGGAGGUAACUCACGAGGAGGCAGUGGCCGCCCUAAAGUCGACUCCUGAUGUCGUGUACCUGCGUGUGGCCAAACACACCUCCCUUUUUAUCAAUGACAACUUCCCUCCGCCCGAUGUCACUAACUCAUAUUCCCCACACCAGGAUAACCACAUCAGCCCCUACAUGAGUGGGAGCCAAUCUGUAAGCCCUGCCCCACUGACCACCCCCAGAUACUCACCGCUGCCCAGGUCCAUUGCGGGAGACGACGAUAUCACCCGGGAACCCAGACGGGUGGUGCUGCAGAGGGGAUCUACAGGUCUCGGAUUUAACAUUGUUGGAGGGGAAGAUGGAGAAGGGAUCUUCAUUUCCUUCAUUCUUGCUGGAGGUCCAGCUGAUCUCUGUGGGGAACUUCGAAAGGGAGACCGCAUCCUGUCGGUGAAUGGGGUGGACCUGUCCAGUGCAACACACGAGCAGGCAGCCGCAGCUCUGAAAAAUGCAGGACAGACCGUCACCAUAGUAGCCCAGUUCAGACCAGACGAGUACAGUCGUUUCGAGGCAAAGAUCCAUGACCUGAGGGAACAGAUGAUGACCAGCAGUGUCAGCUCCAGCUCCACGUCUCUCCGCUCCACACAGAAGCGCACACUUUACGUCAGGGCCUUGUUUGACUAUGAUGGAAGUGCUUCGGAUCUGAGCGUGCCCAAUCAGGCCCUGCCCUUUCAUUUUGGGGAUAUCCUCCACGUGAGCAGCGCCAGCGAAGAGGAGUGGUGGCCCGCCCGUCACCUUAGCCCCCCGCCUCCAAACUGCCCGGAAGUCGGGGUCAUCCCCAGCCGCCGGAGGGCAGAAAAGAAGGAGAGGUCGAGGUUAAAGACAGUCAGAGUGAGCAGGUCUCAGGACAGAUCAGAUCAGGAUGAUAAAGAGCUGGUAACCUCUGGCACCAGCGAUAAUGAGAGUAGUUCCUCUGGUCAGGAGGAGAUCUUCCUCACCUACCAACCUGUCAUGCAGCAUGAAGUUAAUUACACACGGCCAGUCAUCGUGCUUGGACCAAUGAAAGAUCGGGUUAACGAUGACCUCAUCUCCGAGUUCCCUGACAAGUUUGGCUCCUGCGUUCCACACACAACACGGCCACGGAGAGAUUACGAGGUGGAUGGCAGAGAUUACCACUUCAUGUCCUCCAGAGAGCUCAUGGAGCGAGAGAUUCAGGAGCACAAGUUCAUUGAGGCUGGACAAUAUAACAACCAUCUGUAUGGAACCAGCAUACAGUCUGUCAAAGAGGUCGCUGACAAGGGCAAGCACUGCAUACUGGAUGUAUCAGGGAACGCGAUAAAGCGUCUCCAGAUGGCAGGCCUCCAUCCCAUCGCUAUCCUCAUUAGACCACUCAGUGUCGACAACAUUUUAGAGAUGAAUAAGCGUCUCAGUGAGGAGCAGGCAAGGAAGGCCUACGACAGAGCUGUGAAACUGGAGCAGGAGUUCACAGAGUACUUCACUGCGAUCGUCCAGGGCUCAACUCUAGAGGAAGUGUAUUCGCAGGUGAAGCAGAUCAUCGAGGAGCAGUCUGGUCCUUACAUCUGGGUUCCCACCAAGGAGCGACUCUGAAUAAAUACCCACAUACACCAUACUCACACACAUACACACACAAACAUCAGCCUCUCUGCACACUUCCUUCUUGUCUAAUUUUCUAUUAUCAGCCUGCUUCCUCGCUCUCUUUUUCUUACGCACGCACAUCACUACAUGCAUUGACACAUUUACAUAAGCACAUUCAAUGGGACGAGGCUGGGACUAUCUGGGACUGCUGCUUCCUGAAGUGGGAGGAGCUCAUGUCUGUCCAGCAGCCUAUUGGUGGAUCUUCCUACGGCUCAGUUCCUUAAUGUUUAAGGAGGUGGUUUAAAUCAAGGCGACAUGUACCAUUAUCUGAUUUGAUUUCAUUAUUGUUCUUCUUAUUGUUGUUGUCGUUGUUGUUUUCAUAUUAACAAAGGGUAAUGCAUUCAUGUAUGGGUUUGUAAUGAUUAUAUUGUCACCAAGAGGCAGAUUUUUGCACGCUGUAGCUUUAAGAGCAUGUUUUUGGGACAAAAUCUUGAUCUCCUUCCCUCUCUGUCUGUCUGUCUCCUCAUAGCAUCACUCCUGUUUAGAGUUUCUUAUUCAUGUUUUUUUUCUCAAUCCUGAAUCCGUUCAUUCCCUUUACUCUUUUGACUAUCCACAGACUUUAGAUAUGAGGUGAAAGUCAUUAUAAAAUUUCCAAUACUCCCCAGAAUUUUGGCAUCAAAACAAAUACUGUUUAGAGAUGUAGCAAGAAUAUAUUAAUCAUUUAAUCUGUAAGCAAUGUGUGGCAUAAUAAUAAUUAUAUUAAGAAGCAGCAGUUCUUGAUCCGAUAACUAAAGAAGAUUAAAUUCAAAUAAAUAAAGUGCAAAGCCCUCUAUCAGUAGUUUGCUAUUAAAAGGUCAAAAACAAACUGCCUCAUAAUGAUGAUGGAGUACGUUUGGAGCUCUGGGCCUGCAUUUAUCACAUUUCUGAGAAAUAUUUUUAAUAUAAAUCACAGGUCUCCAUAGUGAGUAGAGACAAGGUCAUAUUUAUCAGGCAGCUCACUGCGAUUUACAGCCAAAGAGAAAACACGAUAGAGCAGCUCAUAAGGCCAUCGAACGGUCAAUCACCAAUCAGAGUCAAGUCAUCUCCACUGUUGCUCGUUACUUUUUACAAAUUCUUAUCUUCAGUAGAAAUGUAUCAUCUAAUUUACUAAAUAUAUAAAUACUUUGUCUGGAAUACAAAGUACAGAUGAAGGGAAAAUGGUAAAAAUCUUUAAAAUUUUCAAAUGUUAAAAUCAGAUACAAAUAACAGAUUAUGGUACAAGCUGUAGUUUGUGUAAACACUCCAAAACAAUAACAUUUAAAUCAGAAUAAAACAAUAAACGGCUCCAGUUUGUGAGGGGAAAUAAAAUAAAAUGAAAUUCAGACAUUUUUCUUUUUACUUAAGUUCUAAAAUUGUACUCGACAGCUCGAUAAACAGCGGCCCAGAUUUGAGAUCGAGUCUGUUUCGUAGAAGCUUUCAUCUCGAAGAGGCUUCUCUGCCUUUUCCUUCCACCUCCGCUUCCUUCUCUCUGUCUCAUGCCUUCGUGUCUCCUCCUCUGCGCAGUGUGACGUUAGUUGCGCACGCCAGCAUUAAACAGUGUAUCUUCUGCUUCAUCAUCACUAUCAUCACGAUCAUAAUCAUCAUGGUUACGGCUUUCCUUCUUACCGUAGUUGCACUAAUGAGGGCUGGUUUCUUAAAAGCAUCUUUACCCUCCAAGUGUUUCCGGUCUCCGCACGUGAUGACGCAACACACUCGCUUUUCUCUCAGCGAUGAUUGAGCUGCUUUGAGACGAAGUUGGUCGACACGUUUUUUUUUGGUAAAGGUUAAAAAACACGUCAUAGUGUACUCUUCUGGAGAAACUUGCUGUUUGGAUUAACCAAUUGACUGUAAUCCACUUUUUUCCCCGCUGGAUUUAUAAGUUUAAGCCUUUAUGUGUGACCUCAGCACUCCAUGCAUAAAUAUCCAGCUAAGGGUUAUAUCUUGGAGCCUGUUUUCAUUAUUUCACAAAUGUCUACUUUAUGCAUGGAAGGAUGCAAUGUUUGGCUCGAGGCUGAACUGACUUUUCGUUCAUUUAAGGAGGCCACACAGCACGAGAAGCAAACCUAACCCCGUAAAGCCUGAGCCAUUCCUUCUGACAAAUGAAAAAAGAAAAAAGAAGAAGAAAUGAAUUAUCAAUACACGAGUUUCAAUUUGUAUAAUUUUUGCUUUAUCUGGCAUUUUUUAGGGUGAUGAUAUUUAAAGAGAUUUGAAAAAACUCACAACUCAUGUGUUAAAUAUGAUAGAGUUGGUGUUAUGGGGUUAAAGCUACUCAGUGGAGUCUGUGACCACGUUAACAGCACAUGUAACCUAACAAUGGCGAAUCUGUUGGUCAUGUGACGCUUGCUUAGUGCAUCUGUUACCUGUAGUAGUCUUUUCAGAGGCUUUGCUGCUUGUCGCCGAGGCUCAGCUUAACAACACGUGACUAAACUCUACUUGUACUGAAAACUAAAAUGAAAACAACAACAAGAACAAAAAUCUUAGCAGUGUUGUUGAGUAUAUCUCUGUUUUUUAGCAUUGCAUCUGCUUUAUCGUCAGGGCCAUUUAAUGCAUUCUACUCAGUGGCCUGAAAAGUGCUGUGGAGCAAUAUUAUUUUCACUUUCUUGCAAUCCAGGUUGCACCUGUAAAGUUUGUCGCAUGACUGCAAAAAAUUAUUUACACUCUAUUCGCCUCAUAGAUAUUUUGUCAUUCGGAUUAGAGAGUACAUUUUUGAGAGCCCUUUGCUACGUAAUUGGCGUUGGUGUAAUGUUUCCAGUUUCUCCAGGGAGCAACAUCACGAGUGCUGAGGUCACUCACCGGAAACACAAUGUAACAUAAUCUCUUGUUUUCCAAACGUAACAUUCGAGAUCCCAAGAUGCUUUUGGCGACGCAGCCCCCACCUGUAUGGACCUUGUCAGCCACCCGCUCCCCAUCUCCAUUCUCCAACCCCGAGGCGACUUCUCCAAGCUGACUGGAGACUGGAGACGUAUAGAAAGACUGUUCUGUCAACAGAGUAGCUUUUUAUUUCAAAUAACAACCAGUUUUUGACCGCAUGUGUUUUAAAAGGCUUUAAAUGUUUCUCCACAGAAUGUUCAAAUAAGCCAAAUCUGUAAUCCUCACUGAUUCAGGUCGAUCAGUACUGUGUUUGUGUGUUGACAGAACUGGGCUGUCUGUAUGACUCUGGCUGUGUGUUUUUAGCCAGGGGACCAUGCCACUGUAUGUUAGAGUAAAGCACCGAUGCAAAGAAUCUAUUACAGAGAUGGAACUAUAUCUAACAUAUAAUAUUUAUCCCUGCUCUAACUGCCUAUUUUGGUACAAAAAAACAUAAAUAAAAGUCUUUAUUGAGA